AAAACAGGCUAAUAAAGAAACGGAUAAAUGCCAAAGAAUAUCGUUCUUUUCGCUCCCUUCUUCCAACUCUCCCAUAUAAAUCCCUCCCUUUAUAAAUACCCCUUUUGUUUUCUAGUUGAGCAGCCAAAAGGGUUAGCACUCGAAUCUAGAGAGAGAAGUUGAAGCGUCUAGAGAGAGAAUGUCUGGAGGUAUUGCUCGUGGUCGUCUCGCUGAGGAGCGCAAAUCGUGGCGCAAGAAUCACCCUCAUGGUUUUGUGGCGAAGCCUGACGCGCUUCCUGAUGGUUCUGUCAAUUUAAUGGUGUGGCAAUGUACUAUUCCUGGUAAAACUGGGACUGACUGGGAGGGUGGUUGCUACCCACUUACACUUCACUUUAGUGAAGAUUACCCCAGCAAGCCUCCUAAGUGCAAGUUUCCAGCUGGAUUUUUCCACCCUAAUGUUUACCCUUCUGGAACUGUGUGUCUAUCCAUUCUCAAUGAAGAUAGUGGGUGGAGGCCAGCAAUUACGGUGAAGCAGAUUCUAAUCGGUAUUCAGGAUCUGUUGGACCAACCCAAUCCUGCUGAUCCUGCUCAGACAGAAGGAUACCAUCUCUUUAUCCAGGAUACUGUGGAGUACAAGAAGAGGGUCCGUCAGCAAGCCAAGCAAUACCCACCCCUUGUUUAAAUACUCGUGCAUUGGUUAUUUAUUUAGUUCUUGUAAUCUAAACUUUGUUGCCGUACGUAUUUAUUCGGUUUUGGAAAACUUUGUGGACUAAUUUCAGAUUAUGUACGUGAUUAUUGUUUUUGUUGCUAUUAAAACUUAAUCUGUCAUUUA